AACAAGCGGAACAGAGACAGAGGUAAGAUUGAGUGAAAAGGGAUAUUUUUCAGCUCACAUAUUAAAGUUUCAAUCUUGACUUUGGUUACAUCAAGAGUAUAAACGUGGCUAGUAACCUGAAACAUAGCUGUUUACAAUGUUAACACUGUACACAUUGCUACGGUGCAAGACAAGUAUCCUAGCAAACUUUCAACAGUGUUUUCUCAACUUUGGUAUGGGAUUCCACAGUUUAAUUGCAGAUAUCUUACAACUUCUCUUUCACAAAUCCCAUUCAAUUUCUUCACAUCAAAUGAACAGGGUGAUUCUCUAACUGUAGCGUUGGAUUUGAGUCCUCUCUUACCAGUCCUCAAGACCAAUGGCAGGCUCUCUGACAGAGUUGAUCACAGCAUGUUCCAACAUCACACUGUCAGUCUCUGCUCUGAACACAGCAUAUCAGCUCUUCAAGGACCACAGAGCUCCAGCGGUGGGUUUCUUCCUGCUUGGUCUCUCCUCAGGCCUCUGCACCCUACCUUUCUCCAUCAGCCCAUACCUGACCUCUAUACAGGGGGUCCUGGAGUGGGCUGACGAGGUCCUGGCUCCACCACUGCUCUCCUUCGGCUUCCUGUGGCUCAGCGAAGACCGCAACACAGCCAACAUCCUCCUUAUUGGCUCAGCUCUCCUCCCGGUGUUCUGCGAUUGGCUGUCAGCGGACGAGUUGAUGCUGAUGUCACGCUGCCUGGUGUUGUCAGCCCUCUCCUGCUCGCUCACCGUGUUUCUGUUUGCGGGAAAUGCUGUCGGGGCCCUAGGUUGUGUGGCCCUCAGCCUGCUCCAAAUGGUGGCCCCCAGGGUGGGGGUCAAGACUCUGGCUCCCCUUGUCUCUCCAGGGGCGACUGUGGGACUGCUUAAGUGGCUCCUGAAGGGCUCCAUGGCUGUAGGGUGCUGGGCCUCUGAGAAGGCGCUUAGCAAGUACCUGUUGGAACUGAAGGAAUUGGACUCACCAUUUUAACUUGUUACAUUUACAUUUUAGUCAUUUAGCAGACACUCUUAUCCAGAGCGACUUACAGUUAGUGCAUACAUUUUCAUA